AUGUCUCACUCCACCCUUCCCUCCUUCGACCCACUCGCGACUCAUCCGUUCACGAACAAUUCUGGCCUCCUCCCGAAGCCUGCACCACCGUCGCAGUUCCCUCACCCUAUUCCGCCGCCCAUUGACCUGCGGACGGCGGGCUCGAUGCACACCCUGACGCAGGGACAACUGUCGAACCUCUCCGCACCGCCGUUCCACGCACCUCAGCCCAAGCGGCCCUCGAAGCCGAGCUCAAAGUCGAGCUCGAAUGGCCCGCGGCCGAUAUUCGUCCCGUUCCGGCAAGAGCGCUCCUCGCCAGAGCUCGACGACAUACUGCUGAAGAAGAAGGUCUCGGACGCGUUCGCGAACAAGGCGACGUGGAGCAUCGACCAGGCGCAGGUGCCUCUGCCGCCGUCACAGACGCGAUGA